CUGUGUGUGUAGUACCGGUACGGUAUCUGUGUACAAAACAAACCGCUAAUUCGUGAUUGGGUUUUCUGUAUGUGUUUUGUGGACCUGCUGGAACGUAAGACCUAAAAGACAGCGGUAGCAAUCUACUUGUUUCGGACAAAAACUGUUUGUUUCGAAGUAGGAGAGUGACCACAAAGCAUGACUUGAACACCAGAUAGGUAAGACCCUAUCUCCACAUUUUUCCAUCUUCCUCCCGCACCAUGAGUGGGUCAUUUUUCAAGCACAAUCAUGACCCGAAAAUCGUCGGUUCGUACGACUUGGAGGAGACACUCGGACGGGGCCACUUCGCGAUCGUCAAGCUCGCUCGCCAUAUCUUCACGGGUGAAAAGGUAGCAGUCAAGGUGAUUGAUAAAUUGAAACUCGAUGCUGUAUCAAAGGCGCAUCUAUUUCAAGAAGUAAAAUGCAUGAAGCUAGUGCAACAUCCCAAUGUUGUACGGCUGUAUGAGGUGAUUGACACACAGACAAAAUUGUACCUAAUUCUGGAAUUAGGAGAUGGCGGGGACAUGUACGAUUACAUCAUGAAACAUGAAAAUGGUCUGGACGAUGAUAUUGCUAGGACUUACUUUCGACAGAUUGUGGAGGCCAUCUCAUAUUGCCACAAACGGCGUGUUGUUCAUCGGGAUCUUAAGCCAGAAAAUGUCAUCUUUUUCAAGAAGCAAGGAGUCGUAAAGUUGACAGAUUUUGGAUUCAGUAAUCGUUUCAUGCCUGGAGAGAAGUUGGAAACCUCUUGUGGAAGUCUAGCAUACUCGGCUCCAGAGAUCCUACUCGGAGAUUCCUACGAUGCUCCUGCAGUUGGUAAGAUAAUCAUUCAAUAUACAGUGUUGGUAGUGAAGAAAAAAGAAGAAAAGAAAAUGAAACGGAAAGAAAGACAAAAAGAAAAAGAAAGAAAGAAAGAAAGAAAAAGAGAAGGAAGAGCUUUAAGAGAUUUGCAUUAAAACUUAAAUUAGUUUACAAUAAUUGUGAAUAUUGUUUACGGUACAUAUUUUAAAUUUUAGCCUGUAAUAUUAAAUGAUUUGUUGAGUACCGGUACAAAAUUUGUGUCCAAUUUAACAACAGAUUUUAUUAUUAUUUUUCUUCUUUCUGCAUGAACACAGAUCUUUAUGUUGUCAAGUUCAUGUACUGUACAUGUACUUGUCCGUGAUGUAUGUAGUCAAGCUUUUCCAUUAAGAAAAAUGUUGGAAAUAGUGGUAAAGUGUGACAAGAUCAAAAAUCUUUUGUUGGAAUUUCUACAUUUUUUCUUCAUUUUAUGAAAAAGCAUCCAAAAUGAAUGUCCAAAUAGCGAAAACCAAUUGAAUAUGUUAAGUAUUGGCUGAGAUAUGAUCAUCUGAAUAAAUAGAUUUCCUAUGGGAACUUAGUGUUAGAUAUUGCUCUGGUUCAUAACAUUACGGGCCAGAGCAAUAUAACACUGCGUUCCUAUAGGACAUUGAACUUUGAAAAGUUUAA